AUGGCAAAGCUCCGUCCGGCCGAGUCCUUCUUCCAGCAGCGCGGCAACCGAACCGAUUAUCAAGCUCUGCUAGCUAUCGAGCCAUACGUCGGUCGCAAGUCUCCCGGCACACUGCGUUUCCCCCUCGCUUGUCAUGAAGCGGGAACAUGGCUUGCUUCUGCGGUGCUCUCACCCUCCGACAUGUUGCAUGUAAACGGAAACGGGCAGUAG